AUCUGUCAAAUGGAUUUUAUUUUGACCUUAAUUGUUUGUUGACUAGAAUUGAAAGUUGGAUAAUAGCAAUAAAUCAUGCAGCUGAUUUAGUAUAAAUGAAAAAUCUUUAAAAAAACGUGAAUAUUUUGCUUAAAAAAAUCAUUCAAUAAUUAUGUUUUUAAUUCGCAAUUGUGACUACCAUCUAAAAUGGCGAUUAUCAGGCGUAUUCAAACAAUACUUCGUUUUAAACAUGGAGUUUGCUUCCUUAACACAAACGUAAAGUCGAGAACCCCCCUAAUAGCUUUUCCAAAAAGACCAGUUAUUGGAAACAAAGAUUCACACAAAAACAAUUCUAUUAACCUUGAAGCAUCUGGUUUGAGUCCUCCAAAUUUAUUAUUUUCAAAAAAAUCUACAGAAAAAGUAUUUUCUGCAGGACAUCCAACUUCUGUGCAAACAAUUUAUAAGUCAGAUGGGUCAUUAAUUUUAAUUACCGAGUCUUUGCCACUAAAAUACAAAAGACCAUUAAUCAGCAAUGAAGAAAUAGAGUACAUAAUGAGAGGUGGACCUGAUUGUUGAGAGCUUUUGUUGACGAAAUCUCGAAGAUAUUUCUUUAAUUUUGUUUUUAAAUAAUAAAUAUCUUGAGUCUAUUGUAUUAUUAUUAUAGCUAAAAAGAUUUGAAACCAUUUA